CUUCCGGGCUUGUUUGAGGAAGUCAACUGGUAAGAGGUUUCGAGACAGCGAAUACGACAUGGUGGGCUUAAUGCUCAAUGACUUUUGAUGGAAGCCUUAACACCGAUAUAUAGUUUUGAAACGGAUAGACAGGACUCUGCCGUCAUGCCUGUAAGGAGGUGGUCCAAGCGUUCCAAGCGAAGGUCCUCAGCGCAGUCCCUGGUCACCCCUCAGGAUGACGGCGUCCACGUCUACCUCUUCUGGAGCCCCAACAAAGAGCGUUAUUUGUCGCACACAGCCGCAGAACGGGUCACCGCGGAGGAGCUGUGCAUCUCAGCCGCAGAGGCUGUCGGGAUAACGCCACUAUUCCAUGUGUUGUUUGCUCUGUAUGACCCCAUGUCAUGCUGCUGGUACAGUCCAAAUCACGUCUUUCACCCAAAUGAGGGCUCCUGUCUUAUUCUUCACUUCCGAAUGAGGUUUUACUUUCGCAAUUGGCACGCAUUUAAUGACAAGGAGCCAGAUGUGGCUCGUUUCACUGUAAAAAGUGAGACGCAUGCUGACGACGAUGGCCAACCGGUGCUGGAAAUCAAAUCGGUGGAGUAUUUAUUUGCCCAGGCCAAAUAUGACUUUGUGAAUGAACUCUUUCCGAUGGAGAAAUUGAACUCAGAGGAGGAGCUGAGUCUCUUUAAAAACGAGAGCUUGGGCAUGGCCAUGCUCCACCUCAUGCACCUGGCGCUGCAGACGGGCAGCACCUUGCAGCGUGUUGCAAAAAAGACCAGCUUUAUAAACUGCAUCCCAAAGUCUUAUGCCAAGCACAUAUCAGAAGACAAAGUCCUGACAAAGAUGAGGCUCCGGUGGAUGUUUGAACGAUCCAUGCGCACCUACCAGAAUAAUAUGGAAGCAAAGAAGCCGGACGUGAAGGAAAUUAUCUGCAAGUAUAUCUAUGCUCUCGAGUGCUUGGCGCCGCGUUUCGGCUCCGAGACCUUCGCUGUGCGCCACCUGAGGCUGGGCGGGGAUGACGAACACACGAGUCCGGAUGCUUCGAGGGACGGCGGGGCGGAAACCGUGCAUGAGCUGAUGGUAUCUGCUAACACGGGGCUUCAGUGGAGGGAAAUGAUGGCCUCUGAGGUUUGUCAUAUUGUUGGAGGAAAUGUUGAUACUUCCUGCUUUUUCCUGACAAUUCCACUUUUGCUCGUAAAUCUGAGGGCAGGGCAUAUAACAGUGGCGUGUCUUUCCAGCUUUAUAAACUGCAUCCCAAAGUCUUAUGCCAAGCACAUAUCAGAAGACAAAGUCCUGACAAAGAUGAGGCUCCGGUGGAUGUUUGAACGAUCCAUGCGCACCUACCAGAAUAAUAUGGAAGCAAAGAAGCCGGACGUGAAGGAAAUUAUCUGCAAGUAUAUCUAUGCUCUCGAGUGCUUGGCGCCGCGUUUCGGCUCCGAGACCUUCGCUGUGCGCCACCUGAGGCUGGGCGGGGAUGACGAACACACGAGUCCGGAUGCUUCGAGGGACGGCGGGGCGGAAACCGUGCAUGAGCUGAUGGUAUCUGCUAACACGGGGCUUCAGUGGAGGGAAAUGAUGGCCUCUGAGGAGGCCAAGAGCAACCAGUGGACCCCCUUCUGUGACUUCCCAGGAAUCAUUCACAUAGCCAUCAGUGAAGCUAAUGUUUGCAUUAGCACGCAGGACAAUAAGUGUAUGGAGGUUGAGAUGAGCUCCAGCCAGGAGGCUCGCUCCUUCAUCUCCCUGCUCGAUGGAUACUACCGGCUGACUGUGGACGCCCACCACUAUCUUUGUCAUGAGGUGGCGCCCCCGAGGGUGCUGCUGAGUCAAGCUAAUGGACUGCACGGACCAAUCCAUGAUGACUUUGUGCUGCACAAGCUGAAAAAGGAGGAAGCUGAAGAAGAAGCUUGCCUCGUGCGUUGGAGUGUUCUCAACUAUCACAGACUUGUUUUGGCUGUGCCAAAUAAAAACCAGCAGAACGGAUCGAUGGCGAGCCACAAGCUAUUUUGCAUCCAGCAUAAAGAUUCCGUCUUCACCUUGGAUGGCUGGCAGGAGAAAUUCUCCAGUGUGAAGGAGCUCACAAACACCCUGAAGGACUACAUUCUCAAGUCUGGCACAGACAGCUAUACUAUUAAAAAAUGCUGUCGGCCCCGGCAAGGAGAGCUUUCCAACCUCCUCGUGAAGAGGCGCGGCAUAGAUGGCAGUGCCAGCACGCGGACUCUAUCUCCGAACAAAUUGGAGCUAUGCUUCCAGAUCAAGUACAAAGACCUCAUUCUGGGGCAGCAUUUGGGUUUUGGCACCAGAACUCACAUCUACUCAGCGCAUCUGCAAGUCGGGCAAGUAGUCGCUGAGCAGGAGGACGACUUGAACGGCGAUAAGUACAAGAAGAUCCAAGUGGUGCUCAAGGUUCUCGAGCAAAGCCAUGAAGAUAUCACAUCCGCUUUUUUUGAGAUGGCGAGUCUGAUGAGCCAGGUGUCUCACAAUCACCUGGUUUUCGUCCAUGGUUUGUCUGUCAACGGAUCUGAAAACAUCAUGGUGGAGGAGUUUGUGGAAUUUGGGCCUUUGGACGUUUUCCUUUGCAGAGAAAAAGCCAAAUUGACGCCUCGCUGGAAAUUUAUCGUGGCCAAACAACUUGCCAAUGCCCUGAAUUACCUCGCGACAAAAGGCGUCACCCACGGAAACGUUUGCGGCAGGAACGUCCUGGUGGCGAGGCGAGGUCUGGAGCAAGGCACGUCUCCUUUAGUCAAGCUGAGCGACCCGGGCAUUGCCGUCAAUAUCCUGUGCCAGGAAGAGCGACUCGAGCGUAUUCCCUGGAUCGCUCCCGAGUGCGUUUACAGCAAGGCGCCCGUCGGCAUCGGCGCCGACCAGUGGAGCUUCGGCGUCACGCUGCUGGAAAUCUGCAACGACGGCCAUCUCCCCAUGAGCGACGCCACGCUGCCGGAGAAAGAGCGCUUCUAUCAGCAAAAGGGCAAGUUGUUGGAGCCGUCCUCCCGGGACCUGGCCGUCUUCAUCAACAAGUGUCUCUCCUACGAGCCCUUGGAAAGGCCUCACUUCUGCUCGUUGCUCAGAGAUCUUAUUGACAUCAUGAUAAAAAAUCCCGAUAUAUCCCCCAGCGAAACACUUCCUCAGGCUCACUCCACCGUCUUUCUCAAGCGGCACCUGAAAAAGAAGAACAUCCUCGGAAAGGGUAAUUUUGGAAUGGUGACACUGUACAUGUACGACCCCGCCAACGACGGCACGGGGGAGCUCGUGGCCGUCAAGUCUUUGAAACAAGAGAACGGUCCUUUGCCCAAAUACUGGCUGAAGGAGAUUGAGACCCUCAAGUUCUUCGAUCACACCAACAUCGUCAAGUACAAAGGAUGCUGCACUGAAAUGGGAGGACAAGUGGUGCAGCUCAUAAUGGAGUUCCUUCCGUUUGGCAGCCUGGAAAAAUACCUUCAAAAACAAGAGAAAAGUACAUCCCAGUGCCUGCUGUUUGCUCAGCAGAUCUGCCAGGGGAUGGAAUACUUGCACUCAAAGCGGUACAUCCAUCGGGAUCUCGCUGCACGUAACAUCUUAGUGAAAAACGACAGUUUGGUGAAGAUCGCCGACUUUGGCCUGUCCAAAUAUAUCCCUGAGAAUGACACCUAUUACCGUGUGUCGGAAGACGGUGACAGUCCAGUGUUCUGGUAUGCCCUUGAGUGCCUGAAACUGAACAAAUUUUCAUUUCGCUCCGAUGUUUGGUCCUUUGGCGUGACGCUGUAUGAGAUCCUGACCCGUUGCGACCCGAGCCAAAGCCCGCCAGUGAAGUUUGGCAAGAUGGCGGGGUUAUCCCCCAGAGAGAUGAACGUAAAUGUGCUCAUCAGCUUGUUGGAGCGGUGGCAGCGCUUGCCUUGUCCCGCAGACUGCCCGUCUGAGCUGAGGAGUCUGACCCUGCAGUGCUGGGAUCAAGAUCCUGCAGAAAGGCCAUCGUUUCAUUCCCUCUUUGAGCAGCUGGAAGCCAUUCGCUCACAACCAAGUGUUGACUUUUUUCGAUCUGGACUUCAAUCUACUUGCUUGAGUACCACUUAGGAAUACUUUUACAAAUGGCAGCUUACUCCAAUUGUGGUAUUCAGAUUCAGAUUCAGAAAACUUUAUUUAUCCCCGUGGGGCAAUUAGAGUUGUGUGUCAUUAUGAUGAACAAGGAACAUCAGGAAGGAAAAGGUCCAUAGACCGAAAUACUGUCAACUUGCAAGUAUUGGUUGUUGAAUUGUUGUACAUUUUACAGGGUUGUAACAUUUUGCAUUUCAUUGUUUUUUUUUU